AUGUCUGAGCCCGAACCCGAACCCAGCGUCGUCGAGAUCCUCACCGCCCUGAAGAAGCGGGAUGUGCUAAAGGUGAUGAUCGAGAUACUCUUGGUCGCCAUGAGCGAGUCCGGGCGCGUCGCGGUGUUGGUCUCUCGCGGGAUGUGGAUAGCUCGGACCUUAGCCGGCGCCGCGGACAAGGACGCAUCCGACAUAGCCAGAGAUCUCUUCAUAAUAGAAUACGAACGUCUCGAAGAGACCAAACCCGAAAUCCCGUCGUUCACCGAGAUCAAAGCGGACUACAUCGCGUUUGCGAACUACUGCAUCGUGACGAUGCCGCCUGACCCGACUAUCAAGCAGCAGAGAGCCGUGUGGAGCGACGGGUUGAAGAAGUGGGAGAAGUCUGUGAAGACUUGGGCGUCUCUCUGGACUUUUUGGGGGGAGCCGUGCCACAACAUCUUUGAAUUCGGACCAGAGGAGGAGGAGGGUCAGUCGAAGAACAAGACGAAGUCGAAAGGUCAGGCGCUCAUUGAGUCAGCUAAACGGAUCGCAGCCGGCACCGAAACAUUCCGACUCCGCAAAGGCCUACGCACAGACAUCGACUCCAUGAUCGAGGCCAUGAGCAAAGCUUCAUUCGCCACAACCGACCCUCCCGCCGCAACGCCGUCCGGGGGCGUACACAACCCAGCUCCGUCGCAUCCUACUAGUCACGACUCGGACACUCUGCAACCGCCACAAGCAAAGUCGUCGAAAAAGAAGGGAAAAGGUAAAGCAAAAAAGAAGGGAAAGGGCAAAGCAAAAGAGCCGGACGGCUCCUCGCAGCCUCAGCCUUAG